AUGCAAGUCGUGGCUGGUGCAACUAGGCUGCGACUAUUCCAGACGGCGAACAUCUCUAAUUGGGCAGCAGCGGCGCCGGUGGCCUCCCGCAAAUUCGUAAACGAGAGGGAAGCGGAGCAGAACUAUCCAGCACUGCUUCAGGACUGCAAUUCCUUCUCAAAAUUAAUUCAAGUUCAAAAUCACCUUCUCAAAUUUGACCUCAGUAACAAUCCCCUGGUUCUCAACAAGUUUGCUGGUACCUCCGCUGAUUUGAAAGCAAUCGAUUAUGCCUCAUCUUUCUUGUUCUCUCCAGAAUCAAACAUCCGUCUCUACGAUGCGUUCCUCUUCAACACCGUCAUCAGAGGCUACACUUCGGAGCGGCAUCGACUCAAAAUGCAGUCCAAUUGUUUAGGCAAAUGCAGCGUCACAGAAUUCACCCUGAUGAGAUCACCAUGGUUGUAG